UUGGUCUCUCUCAGUUGUCGGUGAGGCCGGCGGGGCGGAUCCCACAUAAAAUUAAUAAACAAAGUAAAGCAACACAACAUAAACAAUUCUUAUAAAAAUUACUAAUCUCUUCCCUCGUGGAUACACAGAGUCUGAAAGAUGCCCUCAGUGUCUAUUGGCAACAGGACUGUACAAUCCUCCAGUCCAGAGGUGGGGUCCGCUCCUGGCUUGAUGGCCCAGCUCACCAUGCUCAGCCAGUCUGGAGCCCAGACAGAGGCCAUGAAGCAGAUUCUGGGUAUUGUUGAGAAGAAGGUGCGCAACAUGGAGAAGAAGAAGAGCAAGCUGGAUGACUACCAGGCCAGGAAAAACAAGGGAGAACAUCUCAACCAGGAUCAGCUGGAAGCCCUGUCCAAGUACCAGGAAGUGGUAAACAACCUGGAGUUUGCUCGAGAGUUGCAGAAGAGCUUCCUGGCUCUUGGUCAAGAUAUCCAGAAGGCAGUGAAGAAGGCAGCACGACGGGAACAGCUGCAGCGGGAGGAGGCUGAGCAGAGAAGGCUGAAGGCAGUGCUGGAGGUGCAAUUCCUCCUGGACAAGUUGGGUGAAGAAACUCUGCGCCAGGAGCUGAAGCAGGCCUCCUUGCUCACGGACGAGGACCUCGCUGCCCUUGACGAAUUCUACAAGCUGGUGGGGCCAGAUCGUGACCAAAACAUUAGGCUGACGGACCAGUAUGAACAGGCAUCCCAACACUUCUGGGAGCUUUUGGAGGGGCGGGACAAGGAAGUGGCUGGAACUACAUACAAAGCCCUGAAGGACACUCUAGACAAGGUACUGCUGACUGGGUACUUUGACCGGGCCCAUGGCCACCAGAAUGGCGUGUGUGAAGAGGGUGAGGAGCAGCCAGCAGUGGCAGAAUCUUCAGAGGCCGAGGAGCCACACACAGAACCCGAAGGUGAAAUUGCCGAAGAUUACACUGAACCAAUCGAAGUGGAGACCGCAGAGUUUGUAAACAGACAGUUCAUUCCAGAAGCCAACUACAGUAGCACAGACCAAGAACAAACAGACGAGUGGAAUACAGAAUCCGAGACGGUUGGUGCCCUGCAACAACAGCAGCAGCAGUCUCCGCAAACAGUUGUUCAGUCCGCCCCUUCCCCUGUCAUGUCUGAGCCUCAUGUGCACAACCCCGUGCCCCCUAUGCCCUCCGCUGACCCUGUGGUCAGGAAGCAAGCUGUACAGGACCUCAUGGCUCAGAUGCAGGGCCCCUACAACUUCAUGCAGGACUCGAUGCUCGAGUUUGACAGCCAGGCUAUAGACCCUGCCAUUGUGUCCGCUCAGCCUAUGAAGCCCACCCAAAGCAUGGACAUGCCACAGAUGGUAUGCUCCACAGUACAUCCAGAUGCCCGACUGACGCAGCCCAGUACGAUUCCAGUACAGCCAGAACCCACACAAGUCCCCAUGGUAACGCCUACACCUGAAGCGUUCUCUACACCACCACCCCUUUACCAGUCUGCGCACCCAGCAGACCCCCGGCCACCCACGGAUGCUAUCGAUCCCAUCCAGGCUUCAAUGUCCCUAUCGUCUGAGCAGUCGCCCCCUUCGUCAUCCCUACCAGCAGCCUCACAGCCCCAGGUGUUCCAGCCUGUCUCCAAACCCCUCCGCAGCAGUGGCAUCAACGUCAAUGCAGCCCCAUUCCAGUCCAUGCAGACAGUGUUCAAUCUGAAUGCCCCUGUGCCCCCUGCCAGUGAAACUGAGUCUCUAAAGCAGCCCAGUCAGUACCCAAGCGGCUAUAGCCAGGGAUUCAGUGGCCAGGCCCAGCAUGCCACAGAGCAGCCUGACAUGCCACAGGAGCAGCUGCAGUCGGUCGUUGGUACCUUCCACGCCCAGGACCAGACCCUCUCUAGUGCAGCAGGACACCAGCCUUCCCAGCAGGGUCCAGCCUUCAGUCGGACGGGUCAGUCCUUCUACAACAGCAGGGCCAUGUCCCGUGGUGGACCCAGGAAUGCCAGAGGCAUGAUAAACGGUUACAGAGGACCGUCCAACGGCUUCAGAGGUGGAUAUGAUGGUUACCGACCACCUUUCUCCAACACUCCAAACAGUGGCUAUGGACAGCCCCAGUUCGGCACGCCCCGUGACUACUCCAACAGCAGCUAUCAGCGGGAAGGGUACCAGCAGAACUUCAAGCGUGGAGCUGGCCAGGGAACUCGAGGUUGCUCUCGAGGUCGGGGGGCCUCGUUCAAGCCGGGCAGAGGGGUACCCCACAUGACCGCUCAGCAGGCCAACUAACAAAGGACUCCAGCGUGACCACUCAAGACCUCUGAAAUCCCCACCUCCAUGAGCAUCCCAACCCCCAACACCUGAAAACAUCUUCAUCAAAAUCCUGCCCCCUCCAGUGUCUGCCUGCUGCUUCAGCCAUUUCCCCAUAAUUACAUGCUGUACCGGACAGGCCAAGCCCCCAUACAUGGAUAUUCUCAAGGGACUGGGGAAGGAAGUCUGUCUUUGAAGCCAUACCCCCCAUAGUGUGGUCCUUUUCCGAUCCAAAGCUUUUAUUGCUGUCCUAAGCUGUCGAAUAGCCUUAAACCAAUCAAUCAAGCAGGAAAACGUGUGCCUUUGCAGAGUAAUUGUAGACUUGGGCCUUCGCCUUGACCGGAGACAAGGGUCAAUGAGGGUGGCGGGUUCAUGUUAGGGUGUGGAAGUCAAGGGUCAUCUAAGGCCAAAUAUCCAUCCAGCUUGCUUUUCACAAAUGGAAAUGUUUUGUCAGGCUUCUCCAUACCACUCUUAGUUGGUAGCGCAAUGCCAAGCCUGUGGAUAAACAGAUUAACUGCACUCAAUAAAAUUAGACUUGAUUGUACCAUAACAAGAAAUUGGAAUGUGGAGAGUCCGCUUAUAAAAAAGAAGAUUGCUUGACUGUAAGAUUGCUAAUCUGGAAAAGUGACUGCUAUACAGGAAUUGAGGCGCUCUGAAAGGAAGUACGUCUCUAAGAAACCUUGCCGUUAAGUAAAGUCACAGACUGAUGCACUGAAAAAAAGAUACAUCCAUAGUCCCGUGAUUCAGACUAAAAAACUUUGUGCUUUUGGACACUUUGGAGCAUAAGGACUGACCGUCCUUGGUGUGCUUUCACGUAACGCACAGCCCACGUGUCUGUGCUCUGCUGUAUGGAGAUGCUUUCCACAACCACUGGUCAUGCUGUGUUCCGUACUGCAGUUAGUUUACAGAAAUAUCUAGUGGUUUCCAGUUUUGAAGAUCCCAACCCUCCAUCUCUUCAUGAUUAGACAAGAUUUUUUUUUUUUCUUUUCAUACGGUAACUGCUGUGGUUUUUCACUCUGUCUGUUGAGUAGGGGGAAUCAAAGGAAGCUGGUGACUGUUCCACCAGUACCAUAUGGCCACAGCUGAGCACAAUCAAAUAUGGAAGAUGGAACGAUUUCCAACUUCAAAAUGUGAACGUGAAAAUAUGGGAAGAACAGUAUGUCACCAUUUCUGUGGAUUGGUUUUGUGUUCCGAUGUUGGCAGGAUGUAUUUAAGUAUUUUUCUCUAAUGUCAAGUCAAUUUUGGAAGUUAUUCCAGAUGCUUGGUAGGCAGUACAAACUGUAUAUAAUCAUUUAACAACACAUUUUAUGAACCAAACUGGAAUUCCUUUUAAUGUAUGUUAUCUUCCCAGUACAACAUCUGUCUGUCUUGGCUUCUACAAAUGUCUUUCAGUGUAAAGGAAAGGGAACAUGAACUUUUAUGACACUGCUUCUGUAUCUGUGUGCCUGCUCACCUUUCUGGCUUGAACGGUGUAUUAGUAGCCUAAUAUAUGAGCUUCAGAAAACAUGAGGAUUUGGAGUUGCACUAGCAAAUCUAAUUUCUUGAAACAGUUUAAAAUUAAAAUGUCUUGUAAUUUCAGUAUCUUUUUAUUACUUUGAUGUGAAUCAAAAGGUUAGGUUUUGUUUUGAACAACUUGACAAAAUGUUGUCGAUUUCAACAGUGAAAUUACAUAGAAUGCGCCAAUCACCGAUGGUUUAAUUCGGCUCUGAUGGAAUGUAAUGGUUGUUUACGUCGGGUGUUUGGGUGAUCAGAAGUGAUGUGCAUCAUAAUCUGGUUGUAACAGCACAAAGAAAUGCGAGAAAGGUAUGUUUUAUCAAAGUUAUGUACAUUACUGAGGAGACUGUGACUCAACCCACUUUGCGUGUUCUUUGUUAAAUGUGCAUCCUAUGGUACCUCUGAACAGACUGGUGAAAAUGCCAAUGGUGACCUGGCUCUUUCCACCUCCCAAAAGCUGUCCAUUCAUUACUGACCCAAUCUGGACGUCUUCAUGGCUGCUGGUGUGUGGAGGAGACAAACCCAACCUGUCCUCCUGCUGUUAACGAAAAUAAAAUAUGUUUUGUACAAUAAA